AACGAUCUAGCAUUAAGAUGGAAGAGCAUACUUAUUUUCAGCCUCAAAACUGUAGCUAGAGGGGGCUCAGCCCCCUCUAAAAAAUUUUUCUGGCUCCGCCACUACUCUAGAGCCGACUUGUAAUGUUUUACUGAAUUUUCAAUCUCGCUUUAAAUAUUUACUGAAAAAUUAAAUAAGGACAUUCCUAUCUGAUAUUUGCAUAUAGAUAGAGCUGUUUACUCUGGAGAUAUCCUAAAAGUUUCAGCUGAAAAGAAUGUUCCUUGAAUUUCCAAUAAAUGAUCGUUUACUAAAAAAAAAACUUGAAAAUUCAAUAUCUCGACAGAAGGACAUUCUUUAUAGCUGAGAAUUACAGAAUAUUCCUAGUCUCAUCAGAUCUAUGUCCUUAUUUGAUUUUUUUUUCACUAAAUACUUUUUCUAGUCUCUCCGAAACUUUCUUAUUAACCUAAUAUGAACACAAACGGCCGGUAUCAAUUCAGAUACUGUCCUCGUAAGAGAAGACCCAAAGAUAACUUCAUAAAUCAAGAAAAUAACUAUCGUUUGAUAUUAAAUUUUUAAUGUAUGAAUUGAGUUGUCGAAUCGAAGUAAAAUAUUUGAAGAGUUUUUACUAAUGCUGAAAUAUUUUUAAUCUAAAUUAAAAAAAUCUAUGUUGACCUUCGAGCUUCACUCUAUGAAGGCUGAUCAAGUCUUGAUUAUUACUUGUGAUCAAGGUUAAUCAUAAUUUAUUUUAUCAUCAACACAUGAGGUUGAAGAUUUCAUGUUUAGAUAAUUUUGACAACUAAUAUAGUUUAAUUUGAUAAUGUUUUUGGAAUCCAUGGAGAAAUCAAAUCACAAGAUAUUUAACAUAUAUCGAAAAAGUUAAUAAUUUCAACAAUGAAUAGAAGACUUACAAAUAUUCGAAAAUAAAAUAGAAUGUUUAAAACGAUUGAUUUGCUAUACGAAUUUUUUAAUUUCGUUCUAUAAUUAGAAACAUAGAAAUUUUGUGUCGUUAAUAAAAGAAAAAAGAGUAAUGACAGUAUGAUUUGUUUAUUUUUUGUUAUUCUUCUUCUAUUGAUAUGCAAUUUAGUUUCAAGGAAAUUUUGAUUGACAAAAUACAAUCAUAACAAAAACAAACAAUUUAUAUUUAAUUCUAUAUUUUAGGCUUCACCACCUACAUCCAUCGAUGAUGAUUUACCUAACAUCUCCGAUAAUCAAUCUGUAAUUAGUCCAAAACCGGAUGAAACAAGUAAACAAAAAGAAAAAAUAAAUCACAAUUUAAUAAUAUUAUAA